AGUCGCUUAUUUUUAGUUCUCAAACCUUCUAAGAUCUCAAUGUAGACAUCCUCCUACCCAUAGGGAGGUGUUUCUGCAUAUCCCUGCCAAUAAGGGUGCUGGUGCCUCCUCAUUGGCUUUCACAAAGUAGGAAAGAUAAAGUGUUCUUCUUCCAGUGCCUUCAUUCAUGAAGAUCUUAAAGACACUGCGAUAAGAGCUGAAUGGUCUUAAAAUGGUUGAGCCAAUGGAUGAAGGGGAACCGUAUACCUACCAUCAGGAUGAAGAAAGUAUUAAAGAAAUUCCUAUUACCCACCAUGUAAAAGAAGGAUGUGAAAAAGCAGAUCCUGCUCAAUUCGAGUUACUCAAGGUUCUUGGUCAGGGAUCAUUUGGAAAGCAGGCAAUCAUCAAGUGCCACUCUGUGCCAGAUACUACCCAGAGGAUACAAAGCCAAAAAUUAAAAAGUCCUCACAUCGGUAUCUUUUGAGUUCUACUGGGAGAAAACAGUCUGAACACAAAUAAGAAAAUACAACACACACACACAAAGUAUUUGAGCGUGAUGCUGGAAAUGGGGUGGAAGAGAUCUAGAUGGACCGCUUGUAGGUGAUACCACUUGACCUGAACCUUUAAGGAAGCUAAGACUUUGACAAGUCAGAGGUGAGAAGACGGAGCAUUUCAGACUUGAGGAUAGCCUGUACAAAGGCACAGAGGUUUUUCUUGUAAGGAAGAUAAUUGGUCCGGAUUCUGGGCAGCUUUAUGCAAUGAAAGUAUUGAAAAAAGCUUCUUUAAAAGUUCGAGAUAGAGUUCGUACAAAGAUGGAGAGGGACAUACUAGUAGAAGUAAAUCAUCCAUUUAUUGUCAAAUUGCACUAUGCCUUUCAGACUGAAGGGAAGCUGUAUUUAAUAUUGGAUUUUCUCAGGGGAGGAGAUGUAUUUACAAGAUUAUCCAAAGAGGUUAUGUUUACAGAGGAAGAUGUGAAAUUCUACCUCGCCGAACUUGCCCUUGCUUUGGAUCAUCUGCACAGCCUGGGGAUUGUGUACCGGGACCUGAAGCCAGAAAACAUUUUGCUUGAUGAAGCAGGACAUAUCAAGUUAACAGAUUUUGGACUCAGCAAAGAAUCUGUAGACCAAGAAAAGAAGGCCUACUCGUUUUGUGGUACAGUAGAGUACAUGGCUCCUGAAGUGGUAAACAGGCGAGGCCAUAGCCAGAGUGCUGAUUGGUGGUCAUUUGGCGUGUUAAUGUUUGAAAUGCUUACUGGUACUCUACCUUUUCAAGGUAAAGACAGAAAUGAGACCAUGAAUAUGAUAUUGAAAGCAAAACUUGGAAUGCCUCAGUUUCUUAGCCCUGAAGCACAAAGUCUUCUAAGGAUGUUAUUCAAACGAAAUCCUUCAAAUAGAUUAGGAGCUGGUUCAGAUGGAGUGGAAGAAAUCAAAAGGCAUCUUUUCUUUUCAACUAUUGACUGGAAUAAAUUAUAUAGAAGAGAAAUUCAACCCCCUUUCAAACCUGCUUCUGGAAAACCAGAAGACACGUUUUGUUUUGAUCCUGAAUUUACUGCAAAAACACCCAAAGAUUCUCCUGGAGUUCCACCCAGUGCUAAUGCACAUCAGCUUUUCAAAGGAUUUAGCUUUGUCGCCACUACUGCCAUAGAAGAUCAGAAAAUUUCUCCCCUCACAAAUAUUUUGCCAAUAGUACAGCAACUACAUGGAAGCAAUGCACAAUUUAAUGAUGUGUACGAACCAAAGGAGGAUAUUGGUGUUGGCUCCUAUUCUGUUUGCAAACGAUGUAUACACACAGCUACUAACAUGGAAUUUGCAGUGAAGAUAAUUGACAAAAGUAAGAGAGAUCCUUCAGAAGAAAUUGAAAUUUUGAUGCGCUAUGGACAACACCCUAACAUUAUCACUUUAAAGGAUGUCUACGAUGAUGGUAGAUAUGUUUACCUUGUUACCGAAUUGAUGAAGGGAGGAGAACUACUCGAUCGUAUUCUCAGACAAAAAUAUUUUUCAGAACGGGAGGCUAGUGAUGUACUAUAUAUAAUAACUAAAACAGUUGACUACCUUCAUUGUCAAGGAGUAGUUCAUCGAGACCUUAAGCCUAGUAAUAUCUUAUAUAUGGAUGACUCGACCAAUGCUGAUUCUAUUAGGAUCUGUGACUUUGGGUUUGCCAAACAACUUCGAGGAGAAAAUGGACUUCUCUUAACUCCAUGUUAUACUGCCAACUUUGUAGCACCUGAGGUUCUCAUGAGGCAGGGUUAUGAUGCUGCUUGUGAUAUUUGGAGUUUGGGUGUCCUGUUUUAUACAAUGCUGGCUGGCUAUACUCCUUUUGCUAAUGGUCCCAAUGAUACUCCUGAAGAAAUCCUGUUACGGAUAGGUAGUGGAAAAUUCUCUCUAAGUGGUGGCAACUGGGACACUGUUUCAGAUGCAGCAAAGGAUUUGCUCUCCCAUAUGCUUCAUGUAGACCCACAUCAACGGUACACUGCUGAACAAGUAUUAAAACACUCAUGGAUAGCCUGUAGGGACCAGCUACCCCAUUAUCAGCUCAACAGGCAAGAUGCACCACAUCUAGUAAAGGGAGCAAUGGCUGCUACAUACUCAGCACUGAAUCACAAGACCUUUCAGCCAGUCUUGGAGCCUGUCGCUGCUUCGAGUUUAGCUCAACGGAGGAGCAUGAAAAAGCUAACAUCCACAGACUUGUAAGAUUGCCAAACUGGAGGAAGGGAAAAUCUGAGGAAUGGCUCUCUCUUCUCUCUGCCUAAUCAAUGAUCAAAGGCAUAUAUAUAGUUUUCUGCUACACUACUUGAAAAUUCUGUAUAAGUCCUUUUUGUAGAAAACAAUUUUUAAAAACCACCACAGGUCCACAAAAUUCAUACAAUGUUGUUUCACGGCAGUGUCUGUGUGUUUUAAGUUAAACAUACAGGGUAUGUUGAGACCCUAAAGAAAUCCAGCAAACUGACUUCUCAGAAGUUUGUUUCAGCUGUGGAUAUUUUAUUAUUGGUUUCUCUGGUUUCGUAAAGAAUGGUUUGGGGUGACCAUUUCCAUUGACCAGGUUGCACAUAAAGAAGUAUGAUGCCAAGCAGUAUCAGUAUUUUUUUAAACCUCAAGCCCUGCUAGAAAAUUUGGUGUCUAUUUUAAACAAGUGUAGAAACUUAUCAUCUUCCCUCAUCAGUGAACUUUUUAAUUCUCUGUAGCUGCUGAAGUAUAAACUUGGCAAUUUGGUGCCGGUGCAAACUGCAUUAGUGCUAGUGUGAGAACUCACAGUCUUCCUGGUGCCAAGGCCUCACUCUAAGGAUUGACUAAGACAAGACAUGCUACUUAACUCUGCAUGUUAUCUAGUCAAGUCAAGUCACUGAAUGACUUUAUCUAGAUAGAAGGGAGUCCAUCAGACAUCUAUAAAGUUUAAAUCUAAUUGGGAGCUUUCUGAGAAAACCAGAGACUUUUCCCCACCACUCUUUUGCCAAAUGGUGUAACAUAUUAAAUAGGAUUCACCCUUUGAGAAUCUGAGUCUAGUGGUGGCACUGACUUGGUUACAUGUCACUCUUUCAACUCAAUCAGCCAGCUUGAAUCAUUACCUGCCCCCUUUAACACAUGAAUCACACUGCUGUUUUUUCUGACUGCCUUGUGCUUUGGAUUGCAGUAUGCCAUGGUAAUCUCCUCUGAAAUGAAUGGUAACAUAACUGACAUUUUAGUGUAAUAUGCCUGUGCACUUUGCACAAGUGAUAUAGUGUGCAUUUCAGUAAAUUUUAGAAAAUAUUACAUAAUAGUUUAAAUUCAUUAAGAUGAAUAGCAUUUGAAAUAGAAGCAUUAAUGGUCAGCAUCUAAAUUUGAGCACAUUUUAAAAUCAGACUUCAUCAAAAAGCCAAACUGGUCUGAGGUCAUUGAAUUUAUGAUUCAGAACCACUUCUGUAGUGGGUAUUGUUUUCUCAGUGAUGGACUCUCUAAGAAAAAUGAAAAAAAAAUGAAAUGAAACAUUUUUAAGGUGAUGCCGUAACUACUAUUACUACUGGCAGAAGGAACUCAUGAAUGUAAACUGGAAGAUAUUCAGAUUUUGCUUUGUGAAUAUCUGUGAACUACUUGUGUGUGCUAGGAGUACUGUUUGCUGUGUGUGUUAAUUUUAUUCAGCUGAGAGCAGGAAAUUUACUUCUGCGUGCAGAAAUAUGCCAUUUAGGUUGGGAGAGUUGGAGGCUUGAUAUUUAAUAAAGGAAAACAUAUUCUUUUCAUUAUAUAAAUGAUAUAUGCCCAGUGCACCAAGUUCUGUUUCUUGGGUGUGUUGUGUGAAAGUUUGUAUCUCUUAUUUUGAAUUGUCUAUUUGAAAUACUUGAAAGACAUUAAAGAGCAUCUAAUGCCACAUGGAAUACAUCAUUUAGAAACAGCUAUACUGGUGUCUUAUCUGGUGGCUUUUUCUGUCCCACUUUGGCUUUUUCUUCUCUCAUUUUUUUUAUCGUUAUUGGAAGUGUUUGCAUGUGACAACAAUCUGUUCAUAUCUCCCACCUUAUUACCCACCUUGUCAUCAUCUUACUUGUCCUGUUAGGUCAUUGUCCUAUCGAAAUUGAGAUCAAAUGUUCGAAAGUAUAGCUUCGGUGUUGGAUUUGGGGAAUUUUUAAAGAUCCUUUUUUUUAUGCGUAUUUCUCUAGAAAUGAAAUUGGGAAAGGAAAUGGAAGCAAUCCUAAAACUUGCCAAUUUCCCACCAGCAAUGUUUUGUUUUAAAACGAAAAGAAAAAAAAUGGGCUUUUUAUGGAAUUUAUUUCAUAUCCAGAAGGACUAUGUCAUACAAUCGUGCUAUUUAUAAAGUACCCAGUCGGUAUUAGACAAAGGGAUUCUUCAUCUAACGUGAUCCCUCCAGUCGACCCUUUGUAAGGAGCACAUAGAUAACCUGUUAGAUGUGCCACUUUCUGGUGGUUGAAUUACCAAAAGUUUCCUUGUGAAUUCAGACAUGCUAGUCUAACAGUUUGAGGUCUGACCUGUGAUGUCAGUGAAUGUAGAACUCAUUUUGUAGAAGGAAUGCCUAGUAGGUCUGUCAUUUCCCUUCUACAAAUACGAAUUGACAGAAGACAUACGAGUGGCAAGGGUUGGACAGGACAUGGGUUUUUUGUUGAACUAAUCUUCACAUUCUACAAAAUUCAUUGUGUUCCUCUCGUGAUCUCUUUUGUUAUCUCUUUGAUAUAUUCACUUUUUGUGAGAUUUUCCUUCAAGUGAACAAAAAUGGAGUUCUUGACAGUAUUUAAUGACAGUUAAGUUUUGCAUUAUUGGAGUGGGAAAGGGGUUAUGUAGAGGAGACAUUUAAUUUAUCUUUCUCAAACCGAGAAGACCAGUUUUGCUCAAAACAACUAUCUUUAAGUCCUAAAGCACAUCUUACCAUGAGAAAACUCAGGAAAAUAUUUACAAGUUAAGAUAUAUGUAAGUCUAGUGCUGGUGGUAGUAAUUUUGUGAGGGGGAAAAUGACUUUUGUCUUUCUGUGAAGAUUAAGCUUCAGCCUAUUUUUUAGACCCAGAAAUGCUUAUGCAUUGAAUUCAUAUACUUUCUUAUGGUUGGUAUCAAAACAGUGUGGAACAUUUUCCACAAUAAAAAUGUAGAUUUGAUAGCAGCUUUCCUCCAGGGAGCCCGAAGAGCUUUCACAUAUAUAAGUAUUCCCCAGUCUAAAAAAACACAGGCUGUGUUCCCAAAGUUCAUUUGUAAGAUAGUUGAAGAUUCAAAUCCAUUUUUCAUCAACACGACUUUAACCUAUGAUGUAGUACUAGAGUACUGGUCUUGAGUUCUACAUUCUGGGGGCAGAGGGCCAUAUGAUAAAGGAAAAAAGGCAAAAGAAAAGAGUCCUCCCCCUUUCCCCUUCCCUGCCCCUCAGUCUCCCUUUCUGGUUACAGACUAAGUACUAGGCAAAACAUUUUGAAAUGGGCAAAGAUUACCUUUGUCAUCUACUUCCUCUGUCUGCACUUCUUCUCUACUGAUGUUCUCAUAUGAUCUGAUGUUUCCCCAGGGAGACCACUGCCUCAGCCUACCUUCUCCCUACCCUCCAAAGUUCCAAGAUACAAAGUUUUCUGCCUCCCAUCUCCUCAGUCAAAAUGACCAUUCUCUCAGUGCAACAAGUAUUGGGAAGAAUGUGAUCUUAUUUGAAUGAAUUCACAUGAAUGUUUGAGUAACUAACAGAGGAAUUUUUUUUUAAAUGAUAAAAACUUAUUAGAUCACUUAACUCUAGUGAAAAUGAAAAAAAUAUUGAUUGAGAAGGGGGAGCCAUUUUUCAGUGUGAUGGGUUACCCCACAGAGGUAGGCCAGCCCUGCCUGGGAGUUUGUCCCCCAGUCAUCUUCCCUAAAGUGCUUUGGUUUUUCUCAGCUUCAUCCCUUCUUAUGCUCUUGAACCUAAGGAUUAUUUAAAAGCUUUUCUGUGAUAGGAGAAAUGUAAGUUGAAGCAGGUCUGCCUUCCAAUUCCUUUCAAAGCUUUCCUGCAAGAUUGACCUUCUUUUUACAAACAGGCCUGAGAGGUCAAGUUUCCAGAAGUGCUUUUUAAACUUUAGUGUUUUAAGUGUGGACUGUCCUGUUAUUAUUUUGAGUCCAGUGCUCUGUCCACUAAGCUAUUCUUUUGGUCUUGGAGAUCCUCUCAUGACAUUACUUUUUCAGUAAGUUUUCAAGCAAUACUAAACCUAGGUGGGCCAACUACCAUUAAAUGCUUUGAAAAAUGCAUUCUAAAUUUCAGUUGAUUCGUGCAUUUACAGAAUAACUAUAUAUAAUCGUGAUUAUAUAUUGUAUAUAAUUAAAUAUCACAUUUAAUUAUAUAGUAUAUGUAUACGUGUGUGUGUGUGUGUGUGUGUGUGUGUGUGUGUGUGUGUGUGUGUGUGUAGUGGUACUUGCCAUCCCUUGCAGGGGAAUGUUAGCAACCCACACCAUACAUUUGAGGAUGUGCUGUGUCUGGUUUUGGUGUUGUUAAUAUAUUUUAUUGAAGUGCAUUAUGUAACUAAAAAAUCAAGUGCUGAUGCUAAACAACAUCACGUGACUUUGGUCCCCUCAAUUCCAUUGGGUUACUAAUCCAUGUGGAUAUUCUAUAGAAAGUAUCAUUAAAGAAGCAGUGUUUCCUGAAUGUAGAUGAAAUUCUACCUUAUAUGUUUUAUUAUAUAUAAUUUUACCUUUUUCCUAUAGUUGAAAGAAAAUACAGUUGAAAACAAACAAUCCCCUAAAAGUUACGUUUUCUUACAUCAUAUAUGCAAGGUGUCACCUCCGAGUUUACUGAAGAGCAAAGCAGUUUUUAAAAAUAUUUCUGUAAUGCCCUAUUUAGGGUUAUUCACAAAACUUGUCAACCCCAAGAGGCAGACACAUAGGCAAAAAACCAUACAGAUCAGGCUUAUUUUGGAUACUGGGGUUCUUUCCUUCUAGUUGUCUAAUUACAUAAACUAAUUUACUAUUUGAAGACAUUAAGGAGCUAAUUGUGAGAUGCCAUGCUAGUAGGCAUUGUACUAACUGCUAACGUGUAUUAACAUCUUAAAAUCAAGUAUUUGUCACAUACUAUGACCUUUUAAAUGUAAUGGCCUCUUUCUACCCUCCUAUGUCGGUAUGAUUUAGAUUGUUUUCUGAAUAUUUGAAUCCUUUCUCUUAAGUCAUCCUCCUAAGUUAACGUGUGCUUAAAAAAAAAUGUUCAACGGAAGUGUAAGUUUCAUGCAUUGUGUGACAUCUAAUUGCUUUUAAACCUCAGGAAUUCGCCCGAAAGUCGAUGAAAACAAUUCUCCCCAGAAACAAGUUGUAAGGAUGUCACAUGCACUAUCUUUCCCCUUGAGUGAAAUGUUUUCAUGCUGACUUUUCCAAAACAAAAAGGGAUUUUGAGCUAAAUUCCACAGAGUCCAAAAGUUUAAGGAGAAUAUGUUCUUUGCCAGAGGAAGCCCUCUGUUCUCCUUGUGUUUGGUAGGCUCUCUGGGCACAUUUGUUCCGUGAGGAUCUCUCUGUUGCUUUCUUGACAUUUCUCAAGCACUUUGGCAUUCUUGCACUGAUACUCUGAUUAGACUAAAGUAUUGUACUGGCAUGUUCUUACUGCAAUUCUCAGUACGGAAAAGGGCAUUAAGUGGAAGUUGUAUGCAAUUUAAUGUACAUGCUAUGGUACUUAAAAACUGCUAUGGAAUAAAGGGUCCCCAGUGUUUAGCUAUUGUAGUUCUUAAUUCCUUCUAUAAAUAUAUGGUGGAGUUUAUAUCAUAUUUAUUUUGCUUAAUUUUUCAAUGUUUUCUUUAAAGCACUGUACAUGUUAACAUUCAAGUUUGCAUUGUACUACAUUCUUCUCCUUGUCAGGCUGAAUCCAUAGUGCAUUUUACAGUAUGUCAUUCCUUGUGCAGUGCUGCUGAGAAACAGCUCUCACUUUGAAUCUACAACAUGCCAAAGACAACAUAGAAAUUGUAUUUAUUUUUGUUCUUGUUGAAACUCUGUGAUCUACAAUUUUGGAGAUACCAUGUUCAAUUACUGGCAUUCUCUGGGUACUAGAAUAAAAAGGCUGCAACUUUAUAAUACCUUAUAA